UUGCAUCGAUUGCAAGCAAAGCGAAAGCUACAAGCAGCUUUGAACGUCUCUSGAAGGAGGACUGGCAAAGUGAGCCCUUUAGUAGGCGAGAGAAGCCUGUUUUGACCAGACAACAUGACUUAAAGAAAGGAAAAUUUCGCUAUGAAAUUAAAUUGCGUGUUGCCGUCGUAAGAACACAAGCUGAGCUCGCUCUAGAGCUCGGCGUCUUCGUCAAUUAUCAAACGACGCGAGUUCACCAAGACACCCGAUAAUGUCUUUCUAUGCGGAAAGGAAACUUCCCGACGCAGUUCUACUGGAAAUAUUUCGCUAUUUUAGCUUUAGAGAGCUGGCGAAAAUUGCUCAAGUGUCCCGGCAAUGGAGAAGAAUCGCUUACGACCCUUCGCUUUGGAGAACUGUGAAUCUUAACCAGCUAUUCUCGUGUCCUUUAAACGAUGAAGCGACGUUACUGAUGCUUUUACAAACGCGUCUAGUCUCAGCGAGAUCACUAAAUAUGGGAGAGUGUUCUCUUACUCCAAACUUAGCCAAAGAAUUGUCCAAAAAAAGAUAUAACUUAAAAAGUCUAGUAAAUUUUAGUGCUUGUGGAAAUGUGCGAGACUUCCCAACCGGACUUGAGCUGAUGGAUUUACGGUAUUCGUGGGGAGACUUCGCUUUUAUGCGGCGUUUGCCUAGGCAUUUCACCAAUAUGAAGUAUGUAGGGCUAGGAGCAGUGUCCUCGGAGUUUCUCAUCCCCGAUAUUUUUACCAAAAUGCGGUCAUUACGGGUCUUGGAAUUAACUGACUGCAAUGUGCUUUCUGACGAUGCUUUGGCUAAAAUUUCUCUGAGUUGUCCGCAACUUGAGUCCGUAUGCUUGAACGAAUGCAAAAACUUUCAUGGGAAAUGCCUCAGUAGAGUGCUCAAGAACUGUCCCUUGAUAACAACGCUUCUUGUUCGCUUCACGAAGCUGUGUGACAACGCAUUAAUGUCGGUGAAGUGGGAAGAGACAAGAGUACAAGAACUGGACCUAACGGGAUGCUAUUUUAUAACAACAACUGGUAUUUCCAACGCAAUUUCACGACUUCCUAAAAUACACUACUUUAAAAUGAACCAAUGUGGAUUCAGACACAUUCUUCAUUUGACAGUUUAUCAAGAAAUUCGACCAAAUGUCAAGUACACGAAUUUGGAAACGCUAGAUUUAAGGUGGAAUUUUUUGCUGUCGGCUGAAUGUUUGGAAGGAGUUUUGCGGCAGGCCCCAAAUCUCCGCUACUUGGGGGUGAGCCAUUCCCCCAGAAUACCCCCCUCAGUCCUGGCAUCUCUUUUGAAAUUUGUUCCCAACCUCAGAGUACUUGAAUUUGGUCCACUUCGCAAAGAGAGUUUAUCAGAAAGCAAGUUAGUCCCUACUCUUAUAAACUGUUGUCCUCAAAUUGAGGCAGUUUCAUUGAUUAACUUCAAAAUGAUCGAUCAAAAUGAUUCAGUUGCACUACAAGACCUCAAAGAAAAAUGUCAGAACAUCAAGGAAGUGAAACUUUGCAAUCCCAGGAUAGAGCAUGUUGCAAUUGGAAAUAGAGGUGAAACCAUAACUGUGGAGCGACUGUUGAUUAAAAUGGAUAGCCAACUACCUUGUCCAAAGAACACACUAGGAAUGAAGAUCAUGUUAUCACAGAAAUAGUAUCAUUUAAGGUAAUAGAGAAACACUAUUAACUGUGCACAAGCGCACUCGGAUUAAAUUAUCAAAUAUAUUUUUGUUUUUCAAAAAUUUAAUUAAUGAUAUCUUUUCAUAAUUCUUCAGUAUUUGAUUAUUUCCUUUUGGUUUUGCUAUUUUAGCUAUUCUCUAAAAUGGUAUGAAUAAAAUUUUUGACUUCAUGUGGACUUUUUUUUCAAUAAAAAGUAGUUUCAAUAUAAAAGUACAAGAAUAUAUUAUAUAAGCAUCACAGGAGUAAAUUUUAGCUCAAAACAAUUGCACCAUUAAUUCUACUGCAGUUAAUCCCGACAUAAUUUUGUUUGUAAAAUAAGAAGGAAGGAUUUCAACUUAAUACUUAAGAAAAACAGCAAAUCAAAUUUUACAUUUUUGGAGUAUAUUCUUGAAAACAUGAUAAAAUGUGUUAUUAUGCAAAAGAUCAGUGUUGUCAUGUGUCUGUCUCAAUGCGUGGACCGAAUAACUGCACUAAUGGGAUGACUGUAUGAAAAAUGUAUUAUAUACAUUUAUCUUAACAUUUUGAGAAAUGCAAAACAGCAUUAAAUAAAAGUCAUUAGAGCUAUACAAUCAUGUCAUUAGAGCUGAAGCUGCUAUAGCGGCUACAAGGAACAUCAUGAUAUAUUCAAUUGUACUAGUAAGAGAUUUUAAGGUGAAUAUUUUUUUAAGAUACUCUAAAGAGUUUUAUUUCAGUGUAUUUUACAGUGCACUUUGUUGCAUUGUGCAUUGGAAAAUUCGGUAGAUAGUACUUCCAUGGACAAACAUGACAUCAUUAUUGUCUUAAGUACACUAUUACUUCAUUAUGUGAAUUAUGUAUAUCUCAAAUAUGGGCAGUCAAUACUGAAUGUAAGCAUUAAAUGUUUUGUUAUUUUAAAUACAGUGCUGGCACUAUAUAACACUUCUGCUAAAAGUGUUGAAAGGUAUUAAAGUUUUGUAUCAAACAUGUUUUA